GCAAGUGCAGUAGCGAUCGGUGCUACAGCUGUCUAGGAAAACGGGUUCGGUAGUUUCUAUACAUUACAUAUCAAAUUUUUUAAUUAUUAUUUGAAGUUUGAUUAAUUAUUAACAGCAAAACACUUAAAAUGUUAUCGCGUCAUCUGAUCAAAUACAAUGCAAUUGUCGGGUAUACGUUGAGGUCAACGGCUUUAAGGGGGUAUGCAACAGCUUUGGAACAUACGCAGAUAAAUGAGACAGCGUCUGCUACGAACGAAUGGGAAAAUGCACGUCCAUAUUCAGAGAUGCCGGGACCGAGCAAGUUUGAAAUGAUUCGUGAAUUUUUACCAGGAGGCGCGUUUUAUAAGAAAACAUUUAUUGAAGGAAUGACCAAUAUGACAAAAAAAUAUGGCAAUGUCUAUCGAUUUCCCCCCAUGUUUGGCAAACCAGAAAUGGUUUUGGAUCUUAAUCCAAACGAUUAUCCAAUAAUAUUUCGAAAUGAGGGCAUUUGGCCAGAACGGCGUUCUUUCGAAGCCUUCAUUUAUCAUCGUAAGGUGCACAGAGAGGAUUUCUUUCAAGGCGUCAGUGGACUACUGACAACAACUGGCGAAGAAUGGGCAAAAAUACGUACCGCCGUUAAUCCCGUUCUAAUGCAACCCAAAAAUGCCAAACUCUACUUAAACACUUUACUCGAAGUCAAUGACGAAUUUCUCGAAAGAAUACGUCACAUACGCGAUCCUUUGACACUCGAAGUUCCCGAUGACUUUCUUGAUGAUAUUAAUCGUCUCACCUUAGAGGGCGUGGUGGGCAUCGCACUAAAUACCCGUUUAGGAAUGAUACAUAAAAAUCGGGAUAAUCCAGAUAGUAAACUAUUUUUGAAAGAAAUUCGAAAUUUUUUUGAAUUAACCGAAGAGGUAGAAAUCAAGCCAUCCAUUUGGAAGAUAAUCAAAACACCGAAGUUCCGUCAACUGAUGAAAACAUUGGAUUCGCUUACAGCGUUGUGCAAUAAAUAUAUUGAUGAGGCGCUAAAGCGAAUUGAUUUGGAUAGUGAGGGUAAAUUCAUCUCAGAGGAAAAUAAGGAAAAGAGUGUUUUGGAGAAGCUAUUGAAAAUUGAUCGCAGAAUCGCUGUGGUUAUGGCUUUAGAUAUGAUGAUGGCUGGCGUCGACACAACAAGUUCCACCUUAACAGGCAUAUUAUUUUGCAUCGCCAAAAAUCCGGACAAACAACAGAAACUAUUCGAGGAACUCAAAAGCAUUCUACCAAAUAAGGACUCUCGCUUAACAAUAGAGAAUAUGAACAAUCUUCCCUAUCUGCGCGCCUGCAUUAAAGAGGGCAUGCGCUAUCAUCCCAUUAUUGCCGGCACUAUGCGUCGCCUGCCGAACGAUGUUGUGCUGAGUGGAUAUCGCAUACCGGCCGGUACUGAUGUUUCGGUUAGCUCCAAUUUGCUGUUACGCAAUGAAAAAUUUGUAGAAGAGCCAAAUAAAUAUAUUCCAGAGCGUUGGCUACGUAAUGACACAGAGGGUAAAAAAUAUCAACUCAACAACCCUUUUCUAUUUCUUCCAUUCGGCUUCGGUCCACGUAGUUGCGUGGGCAAGCGAAUUGUGGACCUGGAAUUGGAGGUGACCGUGGCACGUUUGGUGCGCAAUUUCAUGAUAGAAUUCAAUUAUUCAACGGACAAUGCGUUCGUACCGAAAAUGGUAUUCAUACCAGCUAUACCACUUAAAUUCCGAUUCGAAGAAAGAAAAGAGUGAAGAAACGGGUAUUAACUGAUAAAACAAUUAGAGGCUCACAGGUUUAUAAAAGUAUAAAAUGUUUAUAAGUGGCAACAAAGAAAAUUAGGUGCUGGGAAUUAUUGGCCGAUAAGAGUUCUCAAGAUAUAAAAAACAUGUAUACUAUAUAUAGUACUUAUAUACUUGUAUAGUUGUGGGUUCACAAAAUAGAUUAAAAAUAUGCAAGCAAAAAAGAAAA